AUGCCCGUGCCAUGGUCCACCGAGCGACGCUGCACCUUCAUCCCCGACGUGGCCGAACGAGGUCUCCAGGUGCGACAACUCUGGGACCUCACGAUCUUCCUGAAGCGCCUCUGCAAGACCAAAUGCCUUACCCGCCCCGCUGCAGUAGGUGAGGGCGAGGUGGGGCGCUGGUUGGAGUGGCAGAGCCUGGACCUCUACGACAUCACCGACCUGGUGAUCAAGAAGUACAUCCCUUACCACGACCUUCAGUGGCAGAUGGACGAGUCCGACCCUGAGGUGGCCAAGCGCUACUCCUGGGCUGAGCUGGUCUGUGCCUAG